AAAAAUAUCCACUUACUGUUGCAUAUCCAAAUAUCCAAUUAGUUACUAACCCAAAUCCACCUGCUAAUCGUAUUCCAUUAUGUUCUUUGUGUAAAGCUAAUACAGAUCGUAACUAUCCACCAUAUCUUCAUCAAAUUCCAUCAGAAAUAAAUUUAGUAUCUUUAGAAAAACGAAAAUAUUUAUCUCCUAUUUUUUUACAUUGUUCUUUGGGUUGUAUACCCAGAACUAAUCCCUUUUCUGAAUAUAGAUCAUUAGUAGCUACUCAUUUAUCUACUGAUGAAAAUGCACCUCCAUAUCAACAUGGUGAUAUAGUAGUUCCUCAUCAAACUUUUCCUAAUGAAGAUGCCUACUAUAGUCAUUUAAUG